AUGGCCGAAUCUGCCGACAUAAUCGACCAGUUUGACUUUAUUGAGCUAGUCCUCGAUGUCACCGAAUCCAUCGACAGCCAGUCGCCAAACGAUGUUAUACGCACUCAAGUCCAGCUGCUUCUAUCGAUUGUUGGUAGAGAUUUGGCUAGGACAGCAGCUGUUAAGUUCUACAGAGCACUAUUCGACAGCAUCGAUCAAACUCUGGAGCUCGAGAUCGUCGGCGAUAACAGUAUCAUGGGUGCCGAUAUUGCUGCCAAAUAUAUUCUUGAGGCUACCGGGGAGUUCAUCACGAAAGCUGACUGGGGUUCCGAAUCUGUUAAUGUCUUGGGAUUUUCAAUUAAUCUUCUCAGAGCAUGCUCAAUGGGAGAACACGAAUCGAAGAUAGUAGUACACCUGGGCUGUAGCCUCUUAGAGAGAAUGGCGCAGUCGCUUUAUCUUCUCUUUGGCGCGAACUAUGACAAAUUCUCCAUCUUUGCGUACGAGGUUGUUCCACUGCUCGAUACCGCGGACAAUGGCACGAGGUCUAGUCGUGUCACUCGCAUUUUUGAGGCCCUGGAGGAGGAAGAUUACGAGAGAGCGGAUGAGCAAAAGGCACACCUGAAGCAAAUGUGCACCGUGCUUGGAAGAUACGACCUGCAUCGACAACUCAUACAGUCUGCUGUGAAGGAGCGCGCAUACGGUCAAGAGCCAGUCGGGCUUAUCGCGCCUUCAGAUCUUGAACAGGAAGCUGCAACCAGCCUGGAACUAUUCACCACAACACUGGACUGGGAAGGGCCGGCUAUCGACCAUUUACUGAAAAGCACAUCCAAAGUUAUGAAGAUGGACGCUACAUCCUCCGCACAGAUCGCGACACUCAACACAAUCGAGAUCAUGCUCCAUUCGGAACAUCUCUUCUUGCACAAAAACCUGCAGAUCCUGAUUUCUUUCGUCUUAUCGGUCGCACCUGCGCUUGAUGGCAUGGCUGAGACGCGCCAGUCAGAGCGAUUGACGACCCUUCUCAAAGAUCUCAGCGUCUACAGCGGCUCGCAAACUGUCCAGAAUCGCGAUACUAUCAACGGUCUUUGCCGAGAUCUGGGAAGAGUGUUUGAAGAUAUAGCAAUGCAGCCUACAAGUGACGAUUUCGAUGAUGGCGAGCUCUCAAAGGCUACCUCCAAGCUUGUUAUCGAUUAG